GCCGUAUGUAUUAUACAUAGUAUGCACAAAUGUAGAGUAGUGCGCACGUUACGUACAGGACUUCCUUGCCAGCACGCGUCGCCAACUACUGAUACCAUAGCUAAUGUACGUAAAUUGAUACAAUAUGUAAUUAGAAGUCUGACCAAAUCUUCUAUAGUAGCUAGAGUGCAGUUACGAGUGAGGAAAAUCCAUUUUGGGUAGGAAUAGUACAACUCUACAGUAAAUAGAAAAUUGAACUCUCCUCCAGGUACUGUAGGAACUAUUCCCAAUGAGUGUUGCUUCGUAGCUUUCAUUUGAAGCGACGCUCAACGGAGAUUCACGCUUUACUAGUUGUAAUGACUGGGACUCCUUCAUGUAGAUUUACUGUUUGCGCCCACAGUGGUUGGCUAGCAUAGUACAUAUACUUAUGUCAGCUACCGUCAUAUGGAAUUACAGCCGAAUGGGAGACAAAUCAGCAUAACGACAAUGCCAGACAAAUGCAGUUCGGCAACCUGUGCUAAAUCCUGAAUCAUGGGUUCCUUCUCCAGGGAUUGACUCUGUUGAAAUUUCUUGCAAGAAAGUGGUGUGACUUCUGAUUUAGCUCCUGUAUGCAACUAUGGAGCAGAGGAGAUUAAGGCUGGACAAAAGAAGAAAAGCAAAGUCUGUUCUCUGAGUUCCCGUACGUUACUUUGACAGAAAUUAUAUGCUAUGCAAUCGUUGUUACGUGACUAGGAAAAUAGAGAACACGUCGCUUACCUAUAAAAUUAUUCUGGCUUAAGUACAGAUGAAAGAAUGCCACAGCAGUGAAGGGGUUGUCAGUUAGUGUGAACUGUUGUCAAUAAAUGCCGUAUAUGAUUUUCAAAAAUAAAAUUUCUAUCAUGGUAGUGUAGUUUAAUUUAACUUAUAGGUGCUUGUAGAACAGAUUGUCGUACUUCUUGAGGCUUGAGGAAUGGCUAGCACUCAUUGCCGUCAUUGGUUGCAUUAAAAAGUGCAAUUUUGUUUGUAGGAUAUCUCUGUUAGAUCAGAAUUUCUUGAUCCACUGCACCAACUGCUUACAAAGGACAUAAAAGAAGUUAUGCAACAUCGUAAGAAACUGAGUGGCCGCCGUCUGGAUUAUGACUGCAAGAAAAGAAAACAGGCAUCUGGAAAAAACAUCACUGAGGAUGAACUAAGGAUUGCUGAAGAAAAGUUUGAGGAAUCAAGAGAGUUGUCAGAGAAUGGCAUGAUCAACUUGCUGGAAAAUGAUGUAGAGCAGGUUGGUCAGUUGCUGGCAUUUGUCACAGCUAUGCAUGAGUAUCACCGAGAGUGUGUGGAAAAGUUGGCAGAGCUCCAGACUGAUUUGGAGGAAAGGGUCUCAACUGCUUCUACAAAACCUAGGGCUAAACGCACCACAGUCAAGAAGGUAUACUCUGAAGACUCUGAUGAUGAGGUGCUACAAGGCGAUGAUGAUGACUCAGGCAUUAGUGGACCAUCUGCACGAGCACUGUAUGACUUUGAGCCUGAAAAUGAAGGGGAGUUGGGAUUUGAGGAAGGCCAGAUAAUCAGUUUAACCAGUCGCCUCGAUGAGAACUGGCUUGAGGGAGACAUUGAUGGUCGCUCUGGCUGUUUCCCAUCCAAUUAUGUGGAAAUACUUGUGGAUCUUUCUUGAACAGGGAACACCUAGUGUCAACAGCACUUAACGGUAAAAUUGCUGAAGCGGAUUUCUUCAUAUAGUAAACUGCUGACACAGCUUCUUUGUGAAAACUUGUAGUUGGUCAUGUAUUUCAUUUGAUUCUGUUCCUAAAGCUCUUAGUUGGGUUUGAUAGCA